CACUCACCCGCCAGGCAACAACUGGGCGGCGGAGCGGGCGGCCUCACUAACACUAUUACUACUGCUACUUGCUUACUGUACAACAGCUCCAGUACAAUCACCGCCGAUCGGCAGUGAAGGCAUAUCUGCGUCACUUUGAGCUACUGUAUUGUAUAUACAUAUAUAUCCAACAGCCCUGUGCAGUGACACAUCCUCACCACCACCAACCUUCUUCUUCAACCCUCUCUCUCUCUUCUCUCUUCUCUCUUCUCUCUUCUCUCGUCUUUCUUCUCUUCCACCUACAUCGAUCUGCACAUCCACACAUCCAACCACCAAUCGACCGCUUCUCACAUCGUCACUUCACAUCGUCACCAUGGACGAAGCACCUCCGCCCACCAUACCGCCCGUCCCGACCAACGAUGGCUCGCGUGAUGUGCAAACCGAAGACACUUCAAAUCCUCCACCCGCGCCAACUCCGCAGACACAAGACUCGCCAUCACAGCACCAUGAACACCCACCACCGACAACUUCUUCUUCGUCACCUCCUCCUCCACCUCCACCUCCUGCUGCCGCGACCUCGACCUCGACCUCGACAGACCUACUACCGUCACCACCACCUCCUCCACCACCACUCCCGAAUCUACCGCGGACAUCGCCCUUUGGUCUGGGUGCCAUGCCUGGCGAAGAAUCGCCCUUCGCCGCCCUCGGGGGCCCAGAUCCCACAUUCCUCGCGGCAUUGGCGGCCAUAUCCGACGGGAACAUCGGAGACACGCCGUCCUUGCAUGCCCUCGCCGCCCUCCUCCGCGAUCACACUCGAGCCUUCUUCCCACCGCCUCCGCCACGAUCCAGGACGAAUCCGACCGGUCUGACCCGGACCGAUACACCGCCUCCGCCUCCUGCAGCAGCGAAUCAAGCUGCGUCAGAGGACGGCUCCCAGAACGACGACGACGACGACACUGAAAACGACGACGACGAUGAGGAUGAUGAUGAUGGCACGGGACUGAUCCGUCGGAAAUGGCAUGCGAUCGAAGAGGACAAAUCAACCCCUUCGGAAGAUGAGCUGAAAUACAUCGAGUCGCAAGAGGAGCACAGCGCAUUGGAUCACAGACACUGGGAGGAGAGGACGUUCUUACCGGUCGACGACCCGGAAAUGACGCCCGUGGAGUCGGGUCGGAUAGAUUGGUUGGUGGAGCACUACAACGGUACGAGAGAGGAGCCCAACAACCAAAGGAUCAUGCGCUCCCAGGUGGUUCGCAUUGGCGGGCUGGACUGGCAGAUCAAGUUCUACCCGCGCGGCAACGACACGGAAUAUCUCAGCGUCUACGUCGAAUGCGUCAGCAUGCUGGCGCCGGACUACGCCGAGUUCGAGGACUUCGACGACCCGCCGUUCCCGUUCCUCGAGGGGGCCAAACGUGUCCAGCAUCGCCGAUCCGUCGCGGCGCAGAUCUCGGUCGUCAUGUAUAAUCCCGAGGAGCCGCGGUCAUAUGAGUUCGAAACAGAAGCGCAUCAAUACCACAAGCGAUAUCCCGAUUACGGUUGGAAGUAUUUCACGCAGUCGCCGCGAUACAGCUUCCACAUGCGACAACAUAUGCGACAACGCAAGGCCAUCCUGGCGGACGACAAGUUGGCGUUUUCCGCGUUCAUCCGCAUCGUCAACGACCCGACGGGUAGCAUGUGGGAACAUCUGGACGAUCGAGAUUUGACGUGGGCGCAACGGAUGAAGAGCAAUGUGUGCAUCACCGGAUUGCGAUCGUCCAAUCAGAGCAUGUGGAAGGCCAUCCCGGGGAUCAUCUCGCUCCACUUCAAACCGUUCCGGGACUUUGUCCGGACCGCGGAUCAAGAGCGCUUGGGCAAGGAAUGGUCUCUGCAUGAGCUGUGGAAGAUGUACGCCCGAAAACGACCUUCAUCGUCGCGGCAUGGUCGGUCCUCGCGCACGAGACGGGAUGUGGUGCAGGAAUUCGCGGAGAUUGCGAAGCGAUUGAGGACGGAGUUCGGAGAGACCGAUCCGAUCGUCGUCGAGUGGAACAAGCUACUGGGCGAUUUCGACGCGGAAAAGGGAAGCGUCUGCGGCCCGAAUCGUCUCCGAACGAAAGAGCACCGAUCGAUCCAAGCGGCUGUCGAUCAUCAUCCCACGCCAAUCGCAUGUCCCGCGCUGCUGACCUUGGAGCUGCAACGCCAUGAGCACGACAAGAAAGAUCGGAAGUGGAAGAAGCUCAACCAUGCCGUCGAGGUGCAGGACCACAUCACCGUCGACGGCCACAGGUACACCCUCUUCGCGUUCGUCACCCACAGCAGCCGCCUCCAUUCCUUCCGAUACAACGCGUUCGUCCGCCCGCGUGGCGUCGGUAAAGGCUGGUACAACUACCGUGAAGGCCGCGUCAUCCGCCUGACCGAGAAGCAAGCGCGAGACAAACAUUCCGGCCGAAAAGAGGACGCCGACACCAAUCCCGCCGAUGACGACACCUUCCGCUUGCCGUUCGAGCAUUCCUCCUCCGACAUCGAAGUCUCCUCCGCGGUCAUGUAUGUGCGAGAGGAUUACGCGGAGCAGACCUUUGCGCCCUGUCUCGAGGAAUCUUGGACUCCACCCCUUCGCAAGAAGGAUCGCCCCGAGGACGCGGACGCCUCCAAGAUGACGGAGAGCGUCAUGGACCAGGCGGAGGACGUCACCGCCGCGAAGAGCCCUGAGCCCGAAGCCGACGAGGAAAUCCCGGAUGCGGCGGCGGCGGCGGCGGAUGGUGUCGCGCCGAUAGAGACGAACGAUACCCCCGCGAUCGCCGAGGCGGUGCAUCAGCGUGCUGAUACCGUCGUUGGUGACGUUCCGGCGUCGGCGGAUGAGGCUGGGACGGGCCCUGCGACGGAUGCGUCUGUCACAGAUGCUUCGACGACGACUCCAACAGCGGAUGCCACGACGUCGGCAUCGGUGCUCAUGGAUGGAGAGGAUGUCGUCAUGGCUGAGGCUGGGGUGGGGGUUGUGCCUCCAGCUGGAGCGGUCGAGACCGAAGCCGAAGCAGAAGCCGAAGCAGAAGUCGAUGCCGAUGCCGAUGCCACGGCGCGGGAUGACGACGGUGACUCGUCCUCGAGCGAUGAUGGAUGGGAGAGGGUUGAAAAUCGUGCAUACGAAGAGAACAACGACCUCGACGACGACGACGACGAUGAUGACGAUGAUGAUGACGAUGACGACGAGACCGAUAACAACAAACAAGAUUCCGCGACCAAGGACGGCGAUCCUGCCGAAGCAGAAGCCUCUACCACCACACCUUCCGACAAACCCACCACCACCACAACCACCACCACAAAACCUCCCAUCACGCCUUCCAUCACCGACCCUUCCCUGCCCACCCACACAAUCGACUGGCUCGGCGGCCCCUACUACCACGGCCAACACCACCCGUCCACCCACCAACACCACGGCACCGGCCACCUCAUCGGCACGUCCGGCGACGAAUACCGCGGCACCCUCCUGGCGCACCGCCCACACGGCACCGGCACCAUGGUCUACGCCUCCUCGGGCGACACGUACACGGGCUCCUGGCGCAAAGGCCGACACCACGGCCCGGGCGUCCUCACCGAGGCCUCCACCGGGAACGUCUUCAAGGGGACGUGGCGCAAGGGCCGCAAAACGGGCUCCUUCGUCCUGAGCGGGACGGUGACGGACGACGACCGCGGCGUCUGUCGCGUCUGUUACGAGGGCGCCCUGGAGGUGGCCUUCCUGGGCUGCGGCCAUGUCGUGGCCUGUGAGGCUUGCGCCGAGAGGGUCGCGGACUGUCCCGUCUGUCGGAGGAGGGUCGACGGGAGGGUCAGGCUGUGGGGCGUGCGGGUGUUGAUGGGUUAGGUACCGUAAUAAUUAUGGGCGGUGACGUGUUUCUUGGGCAGAUCGUGCUGGAGAGGCGAUGGGUGGCCUGUGUGGGAUGAUAUGUACCAUCUGGUUUGUCGUCUCCCUUUCGCUUCCUCCCCCUCUCUCUCCCCCCCUCUCUCUCUCUCUCUCUCUUCUCCUCUCUAUGCUUUCCUCGUCUUUGCGAGAAUGGGACGGAACAAAGGGGUUGUGUCUCUGUACCAUCACCCUGGCUAGACUUGUUCUUAUUAUCCUCAUGGGCAAUGCGUGACUUUAUAGUGGUUCCUGAACGCUUUUCGGAAUCGUCAUUCAUAUCGACAUACUCCUACUCCUAGGACACAUCUGUCCAUCUCGAUAUGUUGCCAGUCCACUGAAAGGUGGACCGGGAUGUCUGUACUCCAAUCAUAUGAAUAUGUCAGGGUUGUGAAAGUGUUUAGGGUCAACGUGGAGAGCUGGCCGUAUAAUCCACGAGACGUCUCAC